AUGUCUGUACGAAAUCCAAGAUUACCUCUUUUGCCAGGAUAUGGAACUAAUCCUAUGAUAGGAAAGACGAGUUUCGGCGUUCGCCCUGUGUUCACAACGAUUGGUAAAGUGAACAUGUUAGUGGAUAAAGCUGAAGGUGGAAAUAGAGUGCCUUCUCUGUAUUGCCGCAAACAAGCACCGGAUUUACCAACUUGGAUAAUGUAUGACAAAAAUAUAUUACACUUCCAAGCAUAUUUUCAACAAUCUCUACACGAAAUGCGUUCUGCUUCUCAUAUUCUUCGUAAAGUUGAAAUAUUUUUCUUCUUAGAAGAUGGUACCAUCAAAGUUAUGGAACCUAGAACAGAAAACAGUGGAUUAUCACAAGGUACACUUAUAAGUCGUCAAAGAAUUCGAUUACCUUUUUCUUACGAUGUUUAUUACGAUGUACUUGAUUUAAAUAUUGGACGUGAAGUAACAUUCUUUGGUAAAGUAUUUAAGAUAGUAAAUUGUGACAACUUUACCCGCGUGUUUAUGAAUCGCUUGGGUAUAAAUGUUCCUGAUCCAAUUCCUUGGCCAGAUGCUAUUGAGAGAGCGCCAAACACAGCCAAACCUCCAAAACAUAGACCUUUUCGUCAGUUUCUGGAUUUUGACAGACAAGUCUUGAGGUUUCAUGGAUAUUGGGAUGAUAGAGAAACAGAAUUUGGUAUUAUUCACCUUUUGGAGAUUCAUUAUUUUUUAGCAGAUGAUACUAUAGAAAUAAAAGAAGAGCUACCUCCGAAUUCAGGCAUGGAAGCUGGACCAAUGUUUCUGAAAAGGAUGCGGCUCCCACGAAAAAUACCUUCGCAUAUUGAAAUGACUGGAGGUCCAAAAUGUCCGUCAUACACUCCGGCAGACCUGAGCAUUGGGGCUGUAAUAAAUGUCUUCGGACGGAAAGUUGUCCUUAUUGAUUGUGACCCUUUCACCAAAGAAUAUUACCGAGUAACAUACGGCUUCGAUUCAUUCACGCCGCUCCCUGUACCAAAGGAUGAAGGAACUGAAUGUAUAAGCACAAAUGUAGCUGACCGAAAAUUGCCACCGUGGAAUGGUUAUGGCAGUUAUGAUGAUUCCGCGGAAAAUUGUCGAACUGUAGAACCAAAACCUCCUCAUAAGGAUUUCAUCAAAUUCUUACAUAAAGAUCGGGUUGGUUUUGACUCUCAUACUCUUCGUUUUGCUGCACGGCUCAUUACUGACAAUCCUGAAGAUAGCACUCGUUAUUUUAUUUUAAAAUAUUUCUUAUGUGAUGAUACUAUUGGAAUAUUCGAGCUUGGAGAACGUAACUCUGGGUUUAAGGGGGGAAAAUUUUUCCGCCGUGAUAAAAUGUAUCUGCCGGAUGUAGACUUCUUUGUGCCAAAGGAACCACCAGCCUACACUGACAAGGACAUGUGGGUUGGCAACGAGGUGAUAAUAAAUAAGCAUCGGUUUCGGCUCAUAGCUGCAGAUGAAUAUGCUUUACGGUACUUGGAGCUACAUGCAGAUGAGUAUCCAAUGGCGAAUAUCGCUCUCAUAAUGGAUAAAAUACGUCGCACUUUGGCUUCACAAGAAAAUGGAUACAAGAAUUUUGUAGCUAAAUAUAUGGAAGCUGUUUUGCCAAACAAGAAAGAAUUGAUGACUGUUAGAUGUUUUAAGCAAGCACUUAAAGAAAUAAUGUGUGAAAAAAUGACGGAACAUGAAUUUUUAACAUUGAUCCGACAUUUCCGCGGAGACCCUGGCCAAGAAAAGAGUCCGCGGCGCGAAAUGAUCAGGUCCUUAGUUUUCUCGGACUUAACGCGUGGCUUGUGGGAUGAUCGUGAAAGACUCAAAGAGGCGUUGUUACACGCCGACGCCAAUGGUCUCGGAGUGCUGCCGGCCCCGCGGUUGCGUCAGUUGUUGAGGGCCAAUCGGUUGCCAAUUAACAACGACCUCAUGGACUGCAUGUUACAAGUGUUGAAAAAGGAUGAUGACUGUAAUAUUGUUUACGAUGAUUUGAUGUCGUUCCUCGAUUUCCAAACACGUCCAGUAUAUAAUUUAUCAGAAUCAGAUUAUCAGAAGGUUAUCAGGCACGCUCCACCAUUGAAGGAUACUGAGUGUAAAAUAUGGUCUGAAACUGAAUCUGUCAUUCAAGAAGGAUAUGUAAAUUGGAACGCUUUUCUGUGCCAAUUGAAUCUUGAACAUCUUGUAAAGGAACAGACUCAAUGAAGACAAAAAUAAGGGCUUUCGAUGUAAACCUUUGUAUAGGC